AUGGCUUCAGCUUAUUUCACUUCUUCUAAGUUUUUGUUUGGGCUGACAAUGUUGAUUGCAGUAGCAUUGAGCGCAAUGGAUAAUAUUAGCACUACUGCACUAGCAAGACCUUUGGUGCAUGUUCCUGCAGGAUCACCAAUAUCCUUGCCUGCUAGACUUCAAUCUACUGGAUCAUACUCAGAAUGUUGGGACUCGUUAGUGGAGCUUCAAGCAUGUACCGGAGAGGUUAUGCUAUUCUUUCUUAAUGGUGAGACGCAUUUAGGUAACAGUUGCUGUCGAGCAAUUCUUGUAAUCCAAAACAGCUGUUGGCCUGCUAUGCUUGGCUCACUAGGGUUCACUCAAGAGGAAGGGGAUAUACUACAUGGAUACUGUGAUGCCUCUGCUAAUGGUAAUGAUGUUGUACGUUCACCAUCACUGCCAUCUGCGGUGCCUAUCGUGAAGGGCGCAUGA